AUGUAUAACAAACAUGCCAAUCUUGUUCUUCUUUAUACAACAACAUUUCCUUUUCAAACAUUUACAAUUUCAAAAACAUCAUUUUCAUAUUGGUCAACAAAUACUCUUACUGAUCAAAUUUGGAUAAUUCUAUUCAAUAAAUUAAAAUAUUUAAUUAUUGAAGAUUGUGCAGUUGUAACAAUUAAAAAUUUCAAUAUUUUAUUAGAUAAUUCACCACAUUUUGAUGUUCAUUAA